GAAAGUUAAAUAAAUACAUGUAUAUUGUAGUUUUUAACGAAUUAAGAAGCUUAUGUACUGAUAAUUUGAUCCAUUUACGAUGAGUACGAAAAUCAUCAAACCGAAUGCCGCGGAGGCUGACUCCUUCGAGACAUCGAUCUCACAGGCGUUAGUUGAGUUGGAAACAAACUCAGACCUCAAGGCCCAACUUCGGGAGCUAUACAUAACCAAGGCUAAGGAAAUUGAACUACAUAACAAAAAGUCAAUCAUCAUCUAUGUGCCGAUGCCCAAACUGAAGGCCUUCCAGAAGAUCCAGAUCCGUCUUGUACGUGAGCUGGAGAAGAAGUUCAGCGGCAAACAUGUUGUGUUCGUCGGGGACCGCAAGAUCUUACCCAAACCCAGCCACAAGACCCGAGUUGCUAACAAACAGAAGAGGCCACGAUCAAGAACGCUGACGUCAGUAUACGACGCCAUCCUAGAGGACUUGGUGUUCCCAGCGGAGAUUGUGGGCAAGCGCAUCCGAGUCAAGCUGGACGGCUCACAGCUUAUUAAAGUGCAUCUCGACAAGAACCAGCAGACCACAAUUGAACAUAAGGUGGAUACUUUCCAGUCAGUAUACAAGAAGUUGACGGGGCGCGAAGUCACCUUUGAGUUCCCGGAACCCUACUUGUAAACUUAAGGACUAAAUUUACAAUAAAACUAAAAUCUUA